AUGUCAUUACCACCCCUCUCCCUCAACCCAGAUACCCAGUCCGACCUCCUCUGGACCCCCUCCGACCCUUCCCAGACCCAAACCUCCCACUUUAGGGAACACAUCAACUCGGUCUACUCCCUCUCUCUACAAACGUACCAAGACCUAUACGAAUGGUCCAUCUCCCACCGAGGGGAUUUCUGGUCAUCCCUGUGGGACUUUGAGAACGUAGUAGGAUUUAAAGGUAAACACGUAGUAGAUGAAGGUGCAUCACCUGAAGAUAAUCCAUCAUGGUUCGAGGAAAGUGCGUCCAAUUGGGCUGAAAAUCAAUUACGCCAUUCCCAUUCCCAUCCAAAUGAUAUAGCCAUUAUCCAGCUAUCCGAAUCAGCUUCCACUUAUACUCCACCUGAGAAGAAGAUUACUCAAAUAGAGCUGUAUAAUCUUGUGGGUAGAACACAGCGAUCGUUGAUUAGAGAGGGAAUUCAGAAAGGCGAUAGGAUAGGAUAUUGGGGUGGGAACGUACUGGAAGCUGUCAUAUUGGUAUUGGCAAGUUCAAGUGUAGGAGCGAUAUUUUCAAGUGCCGCUUCUGAUUUCGGAGUGGACGGAGUGAAAGAAAGGUUAGAUCAGAUAAAGCCCAAGUUACUAUUCGUUACGAAUGGAGUGGUUUACAAUGGAGUGAUAAGACCCUUGUUACCGCUCUUACCGAAACUCUUGAAGUCACUCAAAUCACCACCUGAGAAAGUCGUGGUGAUUGAGCAUCUACCUGAAGAACUGGUUGGGAUACCGAAUGAUAUGGAAAGAUGGAAUCAAUGGCUGGAUCCGAAUGAGGGGGAGACAACGUUUGAAAGAUUAGGGUUUAAUGAUCCGAUUUGGAUAUUGUUCAGUUCUGGAACUACAGGAAAACCCAAAGCUAUCGUUCAUCGUCAAGGUGGUAUGUUAUUGGAUUCGUUAAGAGAACAUCAUCUGGCGGGUGAUAUAGGUAGAGGAGAUGUUUUCUUUUAUUAUACUACACCCGGCUGGAUGAUGUUUCAAUACCUCGUUUCUUCCAUUUCAACAGGAGCGACUAUAAUCCUUUAUGAGGGAUCACCUCUCAAAGACCCUUCGUCCUUGUUUGAAAUGAUUGAUCAAUAUGGGAUAACGAUAUUUGGAACGUCGGCAAAAUGGUUAGAAGUCAUAUCAAAGACUUAUCCUGAUGUCAAAGAUCACCAUGAGUUAUCUACCUUGAGACAAAUAUUGAGUACUGGUAGUCCUUUACCUGGCGGGUUGUUUGAUUGGAUUUAUGAGAAAGUUAAGAAAGAUGUACUGGUUGGUAGUAUAACAGGAGGAACCGAUAUUUGUUCGGUGUUUGCUGGUAGGAAUACUUCGUUACCUGUUUAUAGAGGGGAAAUACAAUCUAGGAUGUUAGGAUUCGCUCUUGACACGGAUGGACCGCCCAAUCAACCUGGCGAGUUGAUCUGCAGACAAGCAUUUCCCAUUGAGCCCUUAGGAUUCUGGCCUUUGAACGGCUAUGGCUUCCCGGAAGAUGAAGUUCAAUUGGCGAAGAAACGGUUCAAAGAGAGUUAUUUCAAGGGCGAGGAAGGCAUAUGGUAUCACGGUGAUUACGUACGAAUCACCCCAUCGCGGUCGUCCAACUCUGGCGGUAUUCUGAUGCUAGGCCGAUCAGAUGGAGUGUUAAAUCCCGGUGGAAUCCGAUUCGGUCCAACGGAUAUUUACUCUGUCCUCGAAGGGUCGGAGUAUUCUCAGUUGGGGGUGGAAGAGACGCUGGUGGUGGGUCUGAUGGUCGAAGGAGGUGCUGAUGAGAAAGUCGUACUGUUUGUGAAAAUGAAAGGCGAUAGAACACUAGAUGAUACAUUGAUAAAGAAGAUUAAGACGGAUAUUAGAUUAGCUAGAAGUGCAAGACAUGUUCCAUCCAAGAUUAUCCAAGUUUCUGAUAUACCCGUGACAUUGACCAACAAGCGAGUUGAAGUACCGAUAAGGAAACUUAUCAACGGAGCUUCGAUCAACAGUAUCAACCCUGCUACGCUUAGGAACCCAGAUUGUUUAGAGGAGUAUGUAAAAUUGGGAGAAAAGAUGAGGAAAGAGGAAGGUAUGGAUGGAUGA